CAUCUUUAAUGUGCGUAGGACGCGAGUCUAAAUUUUGUAAAUGGCUAACAAAGAGUAAAAACAUUCUCUUUAUAAAAGUAGUUUUGAUUAUUUUUCACAUAUUUCUAAGUGAUGCGCAGCAAGGUUCCCCAAAGAUUCGUGUCUUUGUGAUGAAAGCCCUUGACGAUCAACACAAGCCGGUUCUGACCUGUCUGGCCACUGGUUUCUACCCCAGAGAUAUUGAGUUGAACAUCAGAUGCAAUCAAACUGUUCUUGAGGCUCAAACAUCAUCUGAAAUCAUACCAAAUGAUGAUGGAUCCUUUCAGACGAGUGCCAGUGUGGAGAUGGACAGAAACCACAGAGGAUCUUAUGACUGUCUGGUUAAUCACAGCAGUCUGACAGAACCAGUUUUAGCAAAAUGGGAUGGGACUUAUUCUGACAGUGAAACAGAAUCUCAGUGGCCUUUUAUAGGAGGAGUUGUAGCA